UGAUGUGCUGAACAGCUGUCUGUCUUUCUUUACCCUAAGGCUGCGGCACCAGAGCUACCUGGGCGUCCUACAGGCAUCGCUCAGCGGCGGAAGGAUCCAACUACCGGCGAGGCUAACAGCCGCCAGGCGCCGCCCGGGAGCACGACACGGAGGGUGAUGGGCGCAACGGCAUCCUUCCGUCAAAUGCGCUGUGGGCCCCGCAGUAUUUAGUCUUGUUAUGUAACGGCGCAUCGCGUCACAGAUCGCCCGGUGCCGCAGGUGACGUCUGCCAGCUCAGUACGCGCCGUCAUCCCUCCGACACCUAAGAAUACGACGCCAAUUUUUUUUUUUAAAUUUCAAAGAAAUUUCCUCGUUUUUCUCCUCUCUAUCUCUCUCUCUCUGGUUUUAGAUUUUCUCGCCCCUAUAAAUCCCGACUCGUGUCUCUUGUCUUUCUCAACUCUGAUCUCCAUGGGAAAGUCGGGAUUUUUCGGCGGCUCUUCUCUCUAUUUCAUCGAGGUCUCAGAGAUUCAUGAAGUUUAAGGGCUCUCCAACCAGUUUGCUGCUUCUUGGAAACUAUUCUCACUUUGCAGUCUUAUCAGUUGUUCUCCAAGGCUUUUAUCCUUGAAACGCAAUCAGAAAUUUGCAGAAACUGAUUACAUUUUGUCCUAAGUUGAGUUGUCGUCAACACGGCAGACAUGGACAGGGCCGACACAUCUGGCUUUGUUAGUGGUGGAGGUUGCAAUUUAACAUUCCAUGCGUAUUUCCAUUUCACUUACUCUAUUGUUUUAAGUGACAAAGGCUUAGGAAUGAAGCACUAGAAAGAUUUAGGGGACCUCAUCUGCCAUCAAGCCCGCUUACUGCCUCCAAGUCCUUCCAAACCUUUAUUGCAUCUGUUGCCUCUUAUUCAGGAGAUAGAAUGGAUUUUACAAUGGCAAAUCUCCUGUCAGCUGGAAAGAGACCUCUGAUGAGUUCUACAGUCACAGAAUCAGCACGUAACUCAAUGCAUGGUGAUACCAAUGGUUUCAGUGACACUGCAUUGCAUCUGAACUGCUUGGGCUACGACACCAGCAAGACCAGUAAAACAGUAUAUCCUCGGAACAAUAAUGAUCUUUCUGCACAAGAUGAUGGCUGUCGGUUGGUCCUUGGAUUGGGUCCAACUCCAACUACCUGUUUUUCAGAUUAUAGCACAGCUGGAGUUAGUAACACCAAAGAAUCUGCUACUUUUACAAGCCAAAGUGGGGGGUCUGAAUCCGAUUCUGCAAUGCUAGAACUUGGGCUUUCGAGGGGGAGCGUGGAGCCGAUGGCCAUGGUGGAUGGCUGUCCAAAUUUUUCUCAUCACCAAAAUCAGUCACCUCCCAUUGAAAAGCGCUUGCUGAUUCCUGUUGUCGAUGAGAAUUCAACUUCAGCCAAGAGAAAUUCAGGUGGGCACAUGCCUGCUCUCCUCUUUGCUCCAAUGCUGGAGAACGCAGACUGCACUAAAGGUUCGCCGGAGACCUGUAACCUAUUAGACCUUGGAAGCGGCAUAAAUGCUAAUCAUCAUCAUCAUCUUCUUCAACAUGAGCUUCAAGUCACUCCGGAGCCGAUAGCUGCAACUGAUUCUUCAAUGGAUAUUACCUCUGGUUGCCCUCCUUCUGGUCAGAGGACUCGUCAUCAGCCUAAGAAAUGCAUGUUCAACGGGUGCUCGAAAGGUGCUAGGGGAGCUUCUCGGCUCUGCAUAGCCCAUGGAGGCGGGCAGCGGUGCCAAAAACCUGGGUGCAACAAAGGCGCCGAGAGCCGGACAGCCUUCUGCAAGGCUCAUGGAGGAGGAAGGCGAUGCCAGAUGCUCGGAUGCACCAAAAGCGCCGAGGGUAAGACAGAAUUCUGCAUUGCCCAUGGAGGUGGCCGACGGUGUGGUCAUCCAUGGUGCACCAAAGCAGCACGCGGGAAAUCAGGGCUGUGCAUCAGGCAUGGCGGCGGGAAGAGGUGCACCGUAGAGGGAUGCACUCGAAGCGCCGAGGGUCAGGCGGGGCGCUGCAUCUCCCAUGGAGGUGGCCGUCGAUGCCAGUGCCCCGGCUGUGGAAAGGGUGCGCAGGGGAGCACCAGGUACUGCAAGGCCCAUGGUGGGGGAAAGCGGUGCAUCUUCGAAGGAUGCACCAAGGGGGCCGAGGGGAGCACGCCUCUGUGCAAAGGGCAUGGUGGAGGAAAAAGGUGCCUCUUUGAAGGGGGUGGGGUCUGCCCGAAGAGCGUCCAUGGAGGGACUAACUUCUGCGUGGCUCAUGGAGGCGGGAAGCGGUGCGCGAUGCCCGGAUGCACCAAGAGUGCCCGCGGCCGUACCGAUCACUGUGUGAGGCACGGCGGUGGAAAGCGUUGCCACUUCGAGGGGUGCGGGAAGAGUGCGCAGGGGAGCACGGAUUUCUGCAAGGCGCACGGCGGAGGGAAGCGGUGCUCAUGGGGCUCGGGGUGCGACAAGUUUGCGAGGGGAAGGAGUGGGCUGUGCGCAGCUCAUGGUAGCAUGAAGGCGCGACAGGAGAGCGAGGCUGGGAGGAGUGGGAGCAUGAUCGGGCCAGGCCUCUUCCAAGGGAUUGUGUCCGUGUCCGCAAUGGGGGGAAUCAGCAUGGACAAGGAUUGCUCCACUUCGGGGGCGAGUGCUGUUUCGGAUUGCACCGAGUCGCCGGUCAAUGGGCAGCGACAGCUUCUCAUUCCUCCACAGGUGCUGGUUCCCGUCUCUGUGAAGUCACCAUCUUCCUCAUCAGCAUCAGUGGGUGUGGGAAGCCUGGCAAAGACCUCUGGGUUCAUGAUCCCUGAGGGAAGGGUGCAUGGUGGGAACCUGAUGUCUCUGCUUGGAGGAAGCUUUAAGACUGCUGUGGAUGGUGGGGGGCUGGUUUGAACGUUGUUCAUGUGGAUCAAUCCUUGGAGGUGUCUAUUGGGAGGGAAGGAAGGAGGAUAAAUUAGUAGUAUCAUACUUCUAUGGUGUGUUUUGGAAUGUUCAUUGCGAUUUAAGUGUCUAGCUGCUGUGAGUUUGUUGUUUCUGUCUGUACUUGCAUCUGCUGGGGAGAUUGAAAUUUGGUGCCUUGAUGCAGUGGGCUCUGACUUGAGCUUCUAGGCUGAAAAGCGUUAAACUCCCUCAUCAUUGUGAGGCUUGUUGUGUUUGUAUUUGGUUCUGGUAUGCAUGUGUUACUUUAAAUUGCCAAUGUAAUUGUGAUUUGGGUGUAAUAGAAUAAUUUAGUGAAACAGUCUAUCACAUUUGCUUCA